AUGGCGACGACCACCGAGCUUCUCGCCCAGUAUGAAGGCCAGAUCGUUCCUCGGUCCUUCAGCAGUGGCUUUGUCGUCGUCAGUUAUCUGGUCUCGUUCAUUGGUGCCGUCUGCACUCUCGAACUGAUCAACCGGCGAACAUCAAAGAAUGGACUAUACAACCAUCUCAUCCUCCUCGGCUCUGCUGUGACCAUGGGAGGCAUCUCCAUCUGGUGCAUGCACUUCAUCGGUAACAGAGCUAUCGAACUUGGCAACGGCGAGCCUGCACUUCACAUCGCCUACUCUCCGACAUUUACGGUACUGUCUUUCUUCAUACCGAUUAUUGUCCUACUGGUGGCCUUCGUCGCCAUUGGUGCAAACAACGACAUUGUCUGGUGGCGGACGCCGGUCGGAGGCAUCUUGGCUGGCGGUGCUAUUUGCGGCAUGCACUAUGUCGCAAACUCAUCCAUUGCCAACUAUCAUUGCGUCUACGAGCCUGGAAACGUCGUCGGCGCGGCAGUCAUCUCUGUGCUUGCCAGUACGGUGGCCCUGACGCUCUUCUUCGUCUCCCGAGCUUCGUGGAAAAAUUCUUGGUGGAAACGGAUGCUGUCUGGAGUUGUGCUCGCGGGCGCUGUGUCGGGCAUGCAUUGGUGUGCCUCCGUGGGAACAAACUACAGACUCAUCAGCCUGGCCGACACUGGCGCGCGGUCAUCACGUACGACAACCGUCGUUGUGGUUAUCUGCCUCUCAGUCGGAGCUGCCCUCGUGAUCGCAUGCACAGCUGUAUACACGAGACGCGCCAUGCGACGCUAUGCUGUUAAGGCUCAGCACAUUGUUCUCGCCGCGGCGGUGUUCGACCGCUCUGGUCGCAUCAUGGUCAAUCCAGAUGGGUUGCUUCCGAGCGAGAGAAUCACAGACACAUACGUGGAGAGGACUGCGAGCGAUAGCUUCAGUAUCGGAAACCCUCUCUUUCAUUGGAUGUUUCAGGCUUCUCGCAACUGGCAUGGACUACAGAGCAUCAUUCAGGGCAUGUCGAAGCACCUUCACCAACUGUCCAAAGACGACCGCGAGCACAGGGUGCGACUCCUCGACGACAAUGGCCACCAGAUCGAAAACUAUGGCAUCAUAUUCAAGGAGCUCUUCUGCGUAGCUGCCAUGAGCUUGGCAGACAAGAUGAAAGAGAGGCUGACAGAUGUCGGUAUUCUAUGGGGUGAGAUCGUGCCGACUGGAGCUACACCAAGAAGGCGCAGGGCUGACACGGGGGACGCUCUGGAUGUGGAGAAGUCGGGCGACCUUUCCGAGAAGGGCGAGAACUGGGCAUUCUCACAGCAUCAACACUAUGCUCGUGGCUCUCUCAUGUUCCUGGUUCGCCGUGUCGAGCAUGCCUAUGAAGUCGAAAAGCUGGAAGCCGCUGGUUUCCGAUUCGCGGAUAUCAACCAUGUCUGUGGCAUUAUUGGGUCGAGCAUGCAGAUACAGACCCGGAAUCUGGCUGGCAAGCUUGCCAACAUGGCAACGUACGCCGAGGACAACACCAUGCUGGAGCCCGGUGUUCACAUGGGCUUCUUCGCACUCAAGGCCACUGUCAACUCGGACUUCGCCUUCGACAUUCUGGUCAGAAAGGGAGCUCGAAGCCUUCUGCCUUCGCAGCAACUGCCGCUUGACCAUCUGGAACUGUGGCAGGAAGAGUUCGUGCGUCAAUUAGACCGCACGAACGUCCUCUCGUUGCUGCAGCGGUUGGAUACGAUGCAGAAGCUGACGCCAAAGGAGAUGCUUUUCGCCUCCCAGCUGUACGACGCCGUAGAGUCUCUGCGAGCCUGGAUCGACGACCCCAUCUUCAACGAUGCGCACCUGGUCGCCACUACAGUCAGAGUGCCUUGCCGUGCACAGAAUGGCACCAACACUGCCAUGACAUGUACUAUGAUCACUCUGCAGUUGGUCGUACCAAUCCAUGCCACCGUCAAUAGUCCGAAGUGCGAGUUCAUCCCCCUGAACUUCUUUAAGGCCAACCAGCUGGCCCACAAAGACUCUCCGUACCAUGCCAUCUUCUCCCGUCACGUGCACCGUGAGGUCUCACCGGUUGUCAACCAAGCAUUGCUGAACGCACCCGACCGGGUCUUGAUAGCGACGCGAAGGAGAUCAGGCCUCCGAGAGAAGGUCAGGGGUGUCCGGCAUGUCCUGAGAGCACGCUCGAUCUCCAAGCCCACAAUCAUGGAUGGGGAUGCUGUGGCUGCGCCGAGGAGACCUUCCAACGCAAGCACCAGCUCCACACUGAAGCUGUGGGAGCGCACCAGCAAUGAGCACAAGCGCAUCUUCAAGAUGCCCUCUCGGGAGAGAGGUGACCAUCGCGGGCUGGGCAAGAGCCAACAGCGGUCCGAGUUUGGCGGCAUCAUGGUGUCGCAGGAGAUCAAGGUUGAUGUGCGCGUGGCUGGUUCGUUGCCCUCGCCGGUGCCACCGACCGCUAUCGGGCCCAGCUCCAAACAUCUGGUCCGACACACGACGGCGGACAGCGCACUCGGAAGAGAGUCGAGGGCAGCUGCAGCCGCGGUCUUUGACGAUCAUGACGGCGAGGGCAACCACCACAGCAGUCAGCAAGGCCACGAGCUCGCAGCCAUGAACGAGCGGAGCGUGGUCGUGGCAUAUGACCAGGACAGCGGGCCCAUGCGGACAUUUGUGGACAUUCUAUUCCCGCUAUGCGUGGACGGGAGGAACGCCGAAGGCAGUUGA